UCUCUCUCUCUCACACACACACACACACACACACACUGUGCUUUUUCACAAAAAAGACUCAGCUGAGGCUGAAACUGAAACAGGGCAAGACUCGUAAAAGCAGAGCAGUCUCUUGCUCUCCUUCAUUCUCACAGUUUCCUGUUCAAGGAGGCCAUUUUGUAACUCAGCCUGGAGAAGGAGCACAACAUUUGUUUGGCAUUUGUUUUUGUCUUCUCACUCCCACGGCCGGGAGUUUCUCAAUCCACUUUGGACUUUCUCCUCUGCAGAGCAACUUCUUUGGACGAGAGAGGUGAGGGAGGGAAGGAAGAAGGUGGAGGAGGAGGAGGAGGAGGAGGAGGAGGAGUAGAAGAGGGCAGUUUCCCCCCUCUACACCCUCUGGCUGUCUCUCUUUUUGAAGAGUCUCUCGCGCACAUUGCUCAUGUUUGUCAUGCCCGGACUGUGAGACGAGCCUGUGGACGAGAGAGCACGAAAGAAGAGGCUGAAAGCAGGAAAACAAACAAACAAAAAAAACCCACGCUGCUUCCUGGAUAAGGAUUUCUUCCUUGAUCUGCCGGGAGGGGGUGGACACAGGACACAGAGGAACUCAUGCUCAGUGUGUGUGUGUGUGUGUGCCCCCCUCUCUCCUCCACCGAGACAGUUUGAAUGACUGUGGGUUUUCUGAGAACUCUUGACUGCACCUGGGGCGUGUGUUUGUGACUGUGUGUAUGUUGAUAGAGUCAGGAGUCUGAAUGGCUAACGCGAGCCCUUGUAUGCCCUCGGGGGCCAUGGCUCAGGUCUUCUUUCCUCCCGGGGGCUCCUCGCCGCCCGGCUCCGCAGUGAUGCAGCAGGGGACCCCCAUAUCAAUGCCCUCUAUGCCGGCUCAGGGUGGGUUUCCUGUGAUGGACCUGUCACUAGGGCAGGGUCCAGGCGGGGCUGUGAUGCCUUCACUGCCUCCUACUCCAGCAGGGGUGUCCUUCAUCAUCCAGAUCGGCCUGACCAGAGAGUCUGUCCUGAUGCCCCAGAGUGCAGACCUGGCCUACGUGAAACAAAUUGCCUGCUCCAUUGUCGACACAAAGUUCCCAGAGUGCGGCUUCUACGGCAUCUAUGACAAGAUUCUUCUGUUUAAGCAUGACACAUCCACCAACAACAUCCUGCAACUGGUUAAAAAUGCCGGUGACAUUCAGGAGGGAGAUCUGGUGGAGGUCGUGCUCUCUGCGGCAGCCACGUUUGAAGACUUCCAGAUUCGGCCCCACGCACUCAACGUGCACUCGUACCGGGCCCCGGCCUUUUGCGACCACUGUGGAGAGAUGCUGUUCGGACUGGUCAGACAAGGGCUCAAGUGUGACGGAUGUGGACUAAACUACCACAAGCGCUGUGCAUUCAGCAUCCCAAACAACUGCAGCGGAGCUCGCAAGCGGCGUCUGUCCACCACGUCCUUAAGCAGCAGCCAGUCCCUGCGCCUCUCCACCACCGAGUCGGUGUUCAGUGUGGGAACGGUGUCCACCUGCGCAGAGGACGUCAGCCUCAUCCGCUCACACACACAGAUGCCACGCACUGCUAGCGAUGCCCGCCGCUUCUACACGGGCAGACCUGUUCACUUGGACAAGAUCCUGAUGAGCAAGGUGAAGGUGCCUCACACGUUCGCUGUCCACUCGUACACAAGGCCGACGGUCUGCCAGUACUGCAAGAGGCUGCUCAGAGGACUGUUCAGGCAGGGCCUCCAGUGCAAAGACUGCAAGUUCAACUGCCAUAAACGCUGUGCGUACAAGGUUCCCAAUGACUGCCUCGGGGAGACCAUCGACAACAGAAGUAACUCCGACAUAUUGAGUCCCAGUGCGGACCCUGAGGUGCCCAUGGACUACAGCACCGACUACGACGCUGCAGACAAGUCUUCAAUGGAUGACUCGGACGAGGCCUGCAGCAUCCCUGGGUCCUUCUCUCCUGAAAACAAUCAGGACGGAACCAGCGGUGAUCAGAGUGUUUACAUCCCACUGAUGAGAGUGGUACAAUCGGUGAGACAGACGACCCGUCGGUCCAGUACAGCUAUCAAGGAAGGAUGGAUGGUUCACUACAGCAACAAGGACACACUGAGAAAGAGGCACUACUGGCGUCUGGACUGUAAGUGCAUCAUCCUGUUCCAGAACAACACCACCAACAAAUACUACAAGGAGAUCCCUCUAUCUGAGAUCCUGGAGGUGCGCCCCGCAGGAAACUUCAACCUCGUGCCCCCAGGCACGAAUCCUCACUGCUUCGAGCUCAUCACUGGCACUAUGUGCUACUUUGUUGGGGAGGACCCCAACACACUCCCUCCUGUGUCCCCCAGCAAUCCCCAGACUCUCCCUCCGACCCCUCCCUCCCCCAGCCAAGUGGCUCCAAACAGCGGCAUCGGCCGUGAGGUGGCCAAGGCAUGGGAGAGCGCCAUCCGGCAGGCCCUCAUGCCCGUCAUCUUUCAGGACGCACCACCAGCUGAGGGGAACACGACUCACAGACAAGCCUCGAUCAGCAUAUCGGUGUCCAACAGUCAAAUACAAGAGAACGUGCAGGAUAUUGGUACAGUGUACCAGAUAUUUGCUGAUGAAGUGCUGGGAUCUGGCCAGUUUGGAGUCGUGUAUGGAGGAAAGCACAGGAAGACAGGGAGGGACGUGGCUGUCAAAGUCAUCGACAAGCUCCGCUUUCCCACCAAGCAGGAGAGCCAGCUGAGGAACGAGGUGGCCAUACUCCAGAGUCUACGUCACCUGGGCAUUGUGAACCUGGAGUGUAUGUUUGAGACCCCAGAGAAAGUGUUUGUGGUGAUGGAGAAGCUUCAUGGCGACAUGCUGGAGAUGAUCCUUUCCAGUGAGAAAGGCAGACUACCUGAGAGGCUCACUAAGUUCCUCAUCACACAGAUUCUUGCAGCGCUGAGACAUCUGCACUUCAAGAACAUCGUUCACUGCGAUCUGAAACCAGAGAAUGUGCUGCUUGCCUCUGCCGAUCCCUUCCCCCAGGUGAAGUUGUGUGACUUCGGUUUUGCCCGCAUCAUUGGCGAGAAGUCUUUCCGCCGCUCGGUAGUCGGCACCCCAGCCUACCUGGCCCCGGAGGUUCUGCUGAACCAGGGUUACAACCGCUCAUUGGACAUGUGGUCGGUCGGUGUCAUUAUGUACGUCAGCCUGAGUGGGACAUUCCCGUUCAAUGAGGACGAGGAUAUCAACGACCAGAUCCACAACGCUGCCUUCAUGUACCCGCCAAACCCCUGGAAACAGAUCUCCAGUGAUGCAAUCGACUUGAUCAACAACCUACUGCAAGUUAAGAUGAGGAAACGCUACAGUGUGGACAAGAGUCUCAGCCACGUAUACUUACAGGACUAUCAAACAUGGCUGGACCUGCGGGAGCUGGAGACCAAACUCGGCGGACGUUACAUCACCCACGAGAGCGAUGACAGCCGCUGGCAAAUGUUUGCCCGGGAACAUACCCUGCCUUACCCGGCUCACCUUGUGCCGCCUCCUCCAGCACCAGCCUCAGACGAUGAGGAGGGGGACGCAGAUGUGCAAGGCCUCACUGAGAGGGUCAGCAUCCUCUGACCAGAGAGAGAGAGAGAGAGAGAGAGAAAGAGAGAGAGGUGGAGGACUCGAGAAAGAGGGAGAGGGAGGGGAGGAUGGGAAGAGCCUGAAAGAGACAUCAAGUUAAUCAUAUGGGACUUAAAAGAAUAGUCUCCAUCUGUUUAGACUUUCACAGCAACAAAUCUGUGUGCCUGCAAUAAAUCAGCUUUCUCUCUUCCAGCCUGGUCAUCAAGCGUCCUUCUAAUGAUUUAUCUCUUCUGUUACUGGUCUUCUUUCAUCUUUUUCUUGAUGAAGACUGCUUGGCUCUAUUUCAAACCCUCUUGAGCGGCUGACCCGGAGAUCGGCGUCAACCCCGGCGUGGUCUCCUCCUCUCGCUUCAAACGGCUUCAAAGCGACAGCUGGAAAUACCAGUGAUCAGGAUAAGAAUUUGGGAUCAGAGUGCGUACUGAGAUAUUCUUCUCAAGGAAUAAGAGUUAAAAUUUCAAAAAUGAAACCGCCUCCCAUUAAAAUUAAAGUCAUUUAAGUGGACUGACUGGAAUGAUAGUCCCUUGUAUGCCUUCACUAAAUACCGGUUCAAUCAUUUUUCGGAGAUGAAGCCCUUUAUGUUGACAAAAGACUUCCUCUGUGCUGGUAAUUACUAAUGUGUCAGGCAUGGAGUCAAACCCAAAUGCAUUCCCAUAAAUGCAUGUCCUGUUGUGAAAACUGGAAGUAUCGAUCCGGUGAUAGCAAAUCCUCCAGUAAUUACCACUCGUCUUGGGCCACAAUAGACGCUCAGAAGACACAUGUGAUUAAAGACGCCGUUGCGGGUUUAAAUGAACUCGCAUCGGACGGCUCGAUACCUGCCAUGACUGGAGAGCUUUUUUACAGUUACCACAGACACAAUGACUGUUGCUGAAUGGCGGAAAUUGCUUCUUAUUGUGUCGAGUUGCCCACUGUCAGCCAUCUCUGAAUUGAAAGCAGUUGUGUUAUUUAAAUGGUGAAAAAAACAUCCACGCAGAUUCAUAUGCCAUCAAUGGAGGCAGCAUUUUUUUUUUUUUUUUUUUUAACACCUGACCAGGUAUAAAUGGACUGUCGUUGCAUAGAGCGGACCUCUCCAUAUGAUGAAAAGUGCAUGGACGGACAGCUUGUGUAACUAAACUAGAUUUUGGAGACUAUUUGUAGUUUGAUUAUUGACUACCUGUCAUGUCAAUAUGCUGCAUGUUUCUGUGAAGUAGAAUUAUCUAAACACAAUAUAAAACAUACUGUAGUUACAGUGGUCUAUUAUACACACGUGUGACCUAAAGUUUAUGUAGUAUGUAUGUAUGUAGACUGUGUAUAACAUGUUUGAAGGAUCCUAGCCUUGGAAACAGAUAAUACAAACCUUGAACAAUA